AUGGCCCCCACCAAGGUUAGCAAGAAGGUCUCCUACAAGUUCGUCAUCGACUGCUCCGGCCCCGCCGGUGACAAGAUUUUCGAUGCUUCGGCUUUCGAGAAGUUCCUCCACGAUCGCAUCAAGAUCGAGGGCCGCACCGGUGGUUUGGCCGACAAGGUCACCAUUGUCCGUGGUGAUGACGCCAAGAUCACCGUCACCGCCAACCAGGAGUUCUCCAAGCGUUACCUCAAGUACCUUACCAAGAAGUUCCUCAAGAAGCACCAGCUCCGCGACUGGCUCCGUGUCAUUGCCUCGGACAAGGGUACCUAUGAGCUCCGUUACUUCAACAUCGCCAACCAGGACGAGGAUGAGGAUGAGGAAUAA